AUGCAAAAUGAGGGGGAGGGCAGCAAGGUGGAGGUUGCGGCUGCCAAUGCGCAACUUGAUGUGAAGAAGGCAGAGUGGUUCUGCCAGGCUAAGGUGGUCGACGUCGAGGCCACCAUGGGCGAUGCAAUCAGGGACUCCGAGCUAGGCAAGAAAAUAAGUGAGCAUUGUGAAGACAAGAAACCCGCCAGCCUUGGAUUUCAGACUUCUGUAUCCAGUGUGAAGUAUGAGAAAGGUUCCACUAAUUGUGAAAGUGCUCAAGGUGUCUCCCAUAAAGAAAUCCAGAGAAGACUGAAGAUUGGCGCAGCAAACAGAGGCAGGAUACCUUGGAACAAAGGAAAGAAACACAGUGAAGAGACUCGUGAAUGCAUUAAGAAAAAAACAUUGGAGGCCUUAAGCAACCCCAAGGUCCGGAAGAAGAUGUCUCAAUUCCAUCAUAGGCACAGUGACCAGAGCAAAUCUAGGAUUAGUUCUUCCCUAAAAAAGAUAUGGGAAGAGCGUCGAAAAAUUAAACGACUACAAGCCCAAUGCUACACAUUGUGGGCAAGAACUAUUGCUGAAGCAGCAAAAAUAGGAACUGAUGACCAAGAGGAAUUAGAAUGGGAUGACUUUGAGAAAAUGAAAGCAGAUUUCAUGACCCAACAAGUAAAACUCAAAGAAGAGAAAGAAAGGACAAAAGUACGUGUGAAGCUAAGAGCUGAAAUGGUUGCGAGGGAGAGGGCUGAAAAAAUUGCAAAGCUCGCUGAACAAAGGAAACUACGGAAACAAAUGAUGGAAGAUAAACAGGUGGAGUCAUUUUCAAGAAAGAAAUCUGACAGAGAAAAGAAGACUAGGGUUUAA